ACAUGAGGAACCUGUUCCUGGUGGUGUGCAUGUGGCUGUACAGCAUUGUCCUGGCUCCCGUUCUCUGGCAUCUCUGGAUCUACUACGGCAGUGCAAACGCUAACUUCUUCUACGCAGUCACGCUGGCGUACGCAACAGCACAGAUCUUCCUGCUGACGGACCUCCUGUACGCCUUCUUAAGACGAGAGUUCCACCUGCGACACGGGCCUGCUCCCAAGGAGGGCCAGGGGAUGCCGAUUCUCAUGAACCUCAAGUGACGUCUCAGCCUACAUCAUUUCCACUUCAACACUGUCCAGUUGUGUGCUUUGUCUUCUGUACAUAAACGUUUCUCAUCAAACUGUGGGUGCAAUCUUACAGGGGUAUCCCAUUGGUCUGCUGACUGCUGUACAUUGGCGGCCUUUCUGUGUUCUAAAUAGAAUUUGUGUUAAACUUGACAGACAAGAGAUUUGUUAUUUUUAUCAAGGAAAUUUGUCAGGCUCACUUAGCCGCAGCGACAAAGCCAACGUAACAC